UACGUACACAUCCCGAUAACGCCAUAAAGAUCCUGAUGUUCUUUGUCCCGCUGAGACGUCCCACACUUGUCCGGGCAACAACCCUUCUCUGCAAUCUCAUGGAACCGGCGACGACGGCGAGUUCCUCGUUUCGUGGGUCUUCACGACUCGCCGCCUUGGCUCAGCAGCUCCGCCUUUACAAGCCGCCGCCUCCGUCGUCUCCGUCGGGCGACGAGGCGGAGGAGCAGCGGGUAGAUCAGGAGAGCGCGGGGAAAGUGAUUUCGCAGGUCGGAUUUCAGGAAUCUGUGACUUCUGUUUCGAGAGAUCCAGAGCGAUUCAGACCGAAGAGAGCGGCUGUUCUGAUCUGUCUGUUCGAAGGAGAAGUUGGAGAUUUGCGUGUGAUCCUCACCAAGAGGUCUUCCAGAUUGUCUACUCACUCGGGAGAAGUUUCGCUGCCGGGUGGUAAAGCAGAAGAGGGUGAUAAGGAUGAUGGACAGACAGCGACCAGAGAAGCCGAGGAAGAGAUUGGAUUAGACCCUUCACUUGUUGAUGUUGUCACUUGUCUCGAACCAUUUCUGUCUAAGCAUCUCCUGAGAGUUAUUCCUGUAAUUGGAAUUCUACGGGACAAAGAAGCAUUCGAGCCAACACCAAAUCCUGCAGAAGUCGAAGCUGUGUUCGAUGCACCCCUGGAAAUGUUCCUGAAGGACGAGAACCGGAGAUCUGAGGAGAGAGAGUGGAUGGGCGAGAAGUAUCUGAUUCACUUCUUCGACUACAAAACCGGGGAUAAGGAGUAUGUGAUAUGGGGCUUAACAGCUGGAAUUCUGAUUAGGGCAGCCUCAGUGAUUUAUCAAAGACCUCCAGCUUUUGUGGAACAGAGUCCGAAGUUUAAGUUCCCUAGAAUGGUAGACAAAAACACUUGCAUGCCCUGACAGAGAUUUUCUCUGGAUUCCAUUUUCUAGACUGAGUCCUCUCCCACUACACCAGUGAAUGCAGAAGAAGAACUAGCCUGCUAGCUUAUAUAUGCAAUAAUAGCUGAAGAAUCCGAGCUCAUUGCUCUCCGCUGUCCGAGAACAUCUCAUAAAAUGUGUCUGAAACUUGUGCUGAGCAGAAAGAUUAUCUGAGGUGACUCCGUCUUUCACGGCACGGGUCAGUCCGUUUCCUGAACUUGACGAUUAUAUACCGUUGAUUUAUCUGUAUUCUCGGUUGAUGAGUUGUCCCCGCAGGUGUUUAAUCGUGAUUAGGCAAACAGUUUCCCGGUAAUCUGAUGACUAUACAGCAGAUUUUCACCAUACGGAGGACUGCUUUAGACUAAUGAACUGCAUUUUCAGUCUGUUCUUGGUUUAUCUUUCCACAGGAAGAAGAUGAGUGUUUAGUGAUGGGUUUCAUAUGAACAACUAAACUCAGUUUCUGACUCAGGACAGUUGCAAUAUCCUCUGGUCUCUGUCUCUGUCUCUGUCUCUGUCUCGUCCUUUCAGGGCAGCCAAGACAAAACAUAUUGGAGUGAAUACUCUUAAUUAUAGACGUUAUCCUUUAAGACAAUGGUCACCAUUUAUAUUAUAUAAUUUGUAUAUGUUUUGAUAUGCUGCAAAAUGCUAGUUUUUUUGUUACAUUUUGAAUUAAUUUAUGAUAUUUAUUUGUACGGUC